AUGAAGUACUCUCACUCUGCUCUCGCGGCGUUGGCGGUGGCCACCCAAGCGUCGGCCUACGUGCCCGUGGUCGACACUGAUGCCCACUUGGUGUUGAAGAGAGAAACCCAAGAUCUUCACAAGGAUCUCGCCGAGCUCGAGUCGAUGAGAGCCAGACGUGAUGUCAUGUUGGCCGACAUCCAAGCCAGAGAAUACCAAAUUGUUACCGAUGUGUUGGCUGCCAUCAAGAACACCAACUUGGCCCCGGAAAUUAUCCACUACUUCGCUACCUCGCCCACCUUCGCCCCCAUCACUAUCUCGGCGAUUGUUUACUUGCUUAAGCUGGGGUUGAUCAACUACAAGGCGUUGUUAGAAGCCCUUGACCAAUCUCACUUGGUGACUAAGGUCGUCAAUGACUUGAUCCUGGACUGUUCGCUUUACGUUGACUUGUUCAACAUCGCCAAGGGUUACAUCAAUGACUUGUUGCCCGUUGUCAAGGAGAAGAUCCAAGAAGGCAUCAGCAACCUCUUCGUCCGUGAACAAGCCGACGAGUUGCCCUUGCCGUCUCUCGAAGUUAGAGAUGUGUCGCCUAUCGUUGUCAACUUGAUGGACUCGUUGGGUCAAUCGGGGUUGGCGACUCAAGUGGUGAGAGACAUUUUGACCGACACCCUGUACUACCCCUUCGCCGUGUCGUUGGUCUCGGCCGUGCUCGCUGCCGGUGGUAUCAACGUCGACGAAAUUGUCUCGGCUGUCAAGGAGCUGGGCUUCGUUUCUAACCUCAUGGACGAACUUUUGACUGUCAACACUUUUAAGACAGUUGUUACCAAUGCCUUCGCCGCCUUCGCUGGCGACUGUGCUAACGCUGGCAACAUCAGCUUCGGCGGUGGCUCGAGUAGCUCCGGUAGCUCGAACAGCGGAAGCUCGGGUACCUCGACUGGUUCCACUGGUGGUGGCACUGUGAUCAAGAACCCUUGCAAGAAGAGAAAGAGAUCUUUCAACUACAACUACUAG